GUGAACUAUUUACCAGUUUCCGCUGUUAUGUGAGCGGGCGUUGUUCGUUCGUUAGAAUCGAAGAGGAAUGCGGCCAUUUUAACGGGCGGGUAGGCGAUAACCUGAUUUUUCAUUCGAACUAAUACUGAAAACGUACGGAGUGUACAUAUAUUUUAGUGAAACGAUAUCACGAAAGUGCAUUAUAUAGACAAUGGCCGAAAGAGAAGAUAACGUUUACAAGGCAAAGUUGGCCGAACAGGCCGAACGUUACGAUGAAAUGGUAGAAGCAAUGAAGAAAGUUGCAUCAUUGGAUGUAGAACUAACUGUUGAAGAGAGAAAUUUAUUAUCUGUGGCUUAUAAGAAUGUAAUUGGAGCCCGGAGAGCUUCAUGGAGAAUUAUUAGCAGUAUUGAGCAGAAGGAAGAAAACAAAGGAUCUGAAAACAGGCUAGAAAUGAUCAGGCAGUAUAGGUUACAGGUGGAAGGAGAAUUGAGAGAGAUUUGCCAGGAUAUUUUGGAUGUUCUGGGAAAACAUCUUAUACCAACUGCUACUACUGGAGAGUCGAAAGUAUUCUAUUAUAAAAUGAAAGGCGAUUAUCAUCGUUACUUAGCUGAAUUUGCUACAGGUAAUGAUCGCAAAGAAGCUGCUGAAAACAGUCUAGGAGCAUAUAAAGCUGCCAGUGAUAUAGCCAUGACUGAGUUACCACCAACUCAUCCUAUUAGGUUGGGUCUGGCUCUGAAUUUUUCUGUCUUCUAUUAUGAGAUACUGAAUUCUCCAGAUCGUGCUUGUCGUUUGGCAAAAGCUGCCUUUGAUGAUGCCAUUGCAGAACUUGACACGCUUAGUGAAGAAAGUUAUAAGGAUUCCACUCUUAUCAUGCAAUUGCUAAGAGAUAACUUAACACUUUGGACUUCAGACAUGCAACAUGAUGGUGAAGGAGAACAAAAGGAACAGUUGCAAGAUGUUGAAGAUCAAGAUGUUUCAUAAACAUCUCAGGAUUAAACAAGAUCUGUACUAAUUUGUUGGUGUGAAAUGCAGACUGUUUGUAUUUGCAUAUGUUGCCAUGUAGGGUAUUUUGUUUCCUUUGCUCACCCCCAAAUCUCCCUGUGAAUAUGCUAUAUGCAAGUGGGCACAUUUUUUGUGAUUGUACACUAGACCGCUUGCCUAGUUACAAUAUGAGUGUUUUGUGCUACUGCUAAUACUAGAUCUGUAUCCUUUUAGAAUCCAUUGCACCUUUGCCAAGCAGCCAUUUACAAAAUUAAUACCAUUUUCUUACAGUUUCACUCGUGUUGUGUGUUUUGUUGUAGGCCUUGUGAAUGUUCCUAGUUGUCAUCAUACAAGGUUAUUUCUUGUACGAUUUAUCUUCAGUCUUUGCAUAUGAUAAAAAAAAUAACAAAAGGUAACAUUUGAUUUGUGUGAAUUGCUUGCUGCUGCUGUAGUCACGUCACGAUCAGUAACAACAGAUAGUGGCUAAUAGCUUGAAACCAUGAUUAGAACAUUUUUAGAGCAAAAUUGUCUUG